AUGUCUGGAAACUGCUGUUCAACAAGAUGCCCCUCAGUACCAGCCAUCUCUCUCUGCUCUACAGAAGUGAGCUGUGGAGGGCCCAUUUGCUUGCCCAGUUCCUGUCCGAGUCAGACGUGGCAGCUGGUGACUUGUGAAGAUAGCUGUGGUUCCUCAAGCUGUGGUGUGCAAUGCUGCCCUACUCCAUGUCCUGUGAGCUGUGAGGCCACACUCUGUGAGCCAGCUUGCUCUGUCAGCAGCUGCGUUCAGCCCGUCUGUUGUGAGGCCAUGCUCUGUGAGCCAGCUUGCUGCCAACCUGUGUGCUGUGAGACCCCUGCCUGCCAGCCGGUCCUCUGUAUGCCUGCAUCUUGCCCGUCCAUCCUCUGCAAACCCAUCUGUGAGCCCAGCUGCUGCCAGCCUGUCAUCUGUGAGCCCAGCUGCUGUUCAUCUGUCUGUGCUAUGCCUAGUCCCUGCCAACCAAUGCUCUGUGAGCCCGCUUGCUGUCAGCCCGUGUGCCCCUCGCCGAGUGUCUGCUCCUCUGUCUGCUCGGUGAACAACAGCUGCCCAGCUGUCUGCUGUGAGUCCAGUCCCUGUGAGCCACCUUGCUCUGAGGCCAGUGUCUGCCCACCAACUCCUUGCAUGGCUCUGGUCUGUGAGCCUGUCUGUCUCCCCUCUGUCUGCUGUGUUCCCAGUCCUUGCGAACCACCUUGUGACUCCAGCUCUUGCCAAGAUCCCUCUUGUUGCAUCUCUAGCAUCUGCCAACCCAUCUGUUCUGAGUCCAGCUCCUGCUCCCCAAGCAUCUGUGUGACUAGUCCUUGCCAAACUACCUGCUACAUAGUCAAGCGCUGUAGGUCUAUGUCUUGUGAGCCUUCUUCUUGCCAACCUUCCUCUUGCCAACCCCUUUCUUGCCGUCCAGGGUCUUCUGCAUCUGCUGUCUGCCAACCAGCUUGUGCAAAGAGCUUCUACAUACCCAGCUCCUGCAAGCCAUCCUGCACCACUUCCGUUCCCUAUCGCCCCAUCUGCCGUCCCAUCUGCUCUGGACCCAUCACCUACAGGCAGCCCUAUGUGACAUCCAUCUCCUAUCGCCCCUCCUGCUAUCGCCCAUGCUACUCCAUCGUGCGCCACCCAACACGUAUUACUUCUAUCUGUUACCGUCCUGUCUGCUCCCGCCUGGUCAGUACUGACAUCUGUAAACCGGAUUGCAAGGAUACUACUCCCACUCAACCAGAUUGUGGUGAUGCAACGCCUGGCAAGGUGGAAGUCAUUGAUGUCAAUCCCUGCCAGCCUACUGAGCCUAAAGCUCCAAGUCCUCCUGCCUGUGAGGUUACAUCCAACCAACCAGCUACUUCCAAAGGUACUCCCAAGAAAGCCGACAAAUGA